UGCAAUCAACAGUGUAAAGAACCUCCACUCCUCUUUGUGCACUUAAACUCUCCUGUUACACUCAACCGGAAUCUUCUUUCCCAGCCGAUCCUCUUUAAUCAGGUUUAGCGUGACUUUGAAGCGUACUGGUUCUUGUUGGUCCAGCACGAUGAUGUUUUUCUGCAGUUUGAGUGUCGAGGGUCUGCUGUCGUGGGGGUUUCCUCGUGCCAGUGGGCCGUAGUUGGGCGACGUCAGCUCUCCGGCGAAACACUGAAAGCAUUGUGUCAUGUGGAGCGGAUUGAUGAAGCUCAUAUCUCUUCUGGGAGAAAUACUGCUGUCGCUGGAAUACACACUUCCUUUCUGCAGCCGCUGGAUCAGUCAUGGGUUCACUGACUCCCCUUGUGUUCCUCUUUCUGCCGCUGUGCAGUUUAGUGCACGUCUAGGCUUUUUAACACUGGGUCGUCGAUGCCGGAGGAUCGUGGGACAUGAUGUGGUCGUGUUUGAAGUGUUUGGGGAUCGGUAAGGUGAAAAGGAAAACAGGCAUGCGUGAAACAGCCUCCAACUCGGACUCUGACUUCAAUCCAGACAACAGCGAACGUCUGUAUGACCUAAACCUUCCUGCGCUCGUCAAAUUCAGCUACACGGCCGAACGGGAAGAUGAGUUGUCGUUGGUUAAGGGCACAAGGGUCAUCGUCAUGGAGAAGUGCAGCGAUGGCUGGUGGAGGGGGAGCUACAAUGGCCGUUCGGGGUGGUUCCCAUCCAACUACGUGACGGAAGAUGCAGAUGGAUCGGCGAGCAACGACUCUGCUGGCUUGUCGGAGAAGCUGGCUGCUGUUGUUCAUAGUGUGAACGGCAACCGAGUGUUGCACACAGUACAGGCACUCUACCCGUUCAGCUCGGGCAACGACGAAGAGCUGAACUUUGAGAAGGGUGAGGUUAUGGAUGUUGUGGAGAAGCCAGAAAAUGACCCCGAGUGGUGGAAGUGUCGCAAAUCCGACGGGCAGAUGGGACUUGUGCCGAAAAACUACGUGAAUGUUCUGCAGGAGUCGCACAACUCGGCCAACAUAGCAGGGCCGCCCACACCUGACUGUGACUACAUUGAGCCUUCAUCCAGUGGACGCUUCGCUGGCAAGCAGUGGUACUACGGGAAGGUGACGCGCCAUCAGGCAGAAGUGGCACUCAACCUGAGGGGCACAGAGGGAGACUUUCUUAUUCGGGACAGCGAGUCCUCUGUGAGUAGACUGAAAUCUUCCUCAUAUUCUCAUGAAGGUGCUCAAGUACCAUAGUGCAGUCCUCAUUUG